CAUGUGAGAAUCACGUGAGUCAUGCGAUCUUUCAUUCAUGAAUUUUCGUAGUAAAUUCCAUAGUAGUGACGUCACUGAAUGAUUGACAGCUAGGCGCCAUGUUUCAUUCAUGCCUCGUUCUGAUCACCCGAUACGCGGGAAAUGAAAACGAGGUCAUACGAACUGGCUUGGCGGUUCCAGUUCGCUUUAAGCGCGCGCAGUUCAUCCCGUGCAUGCUGUCAGCUGUGCAGAUCGGAUGUCAGUCAGUUUAGCGCUACAAAACGAAAUGUCCGAUAGUUCUGACCUAGGUGAUUUUGGGAGUAACCUGAAAAAAGGCUAUUGCGAGUGUUCCAUCCCAGCAGGUACAUGUACAAGUAGCCAGACCGAGGCCAAUAGCCAGACUAUGACUGAGACUGCCACAUUGAAAUAAUGAGUCAUCACACUCACAGUCUAGGUCCUGAACACCAGCAGCGCAUCUGGUAGUGGUCUGUAAUUAUUUCGACCUCGGUCAUCAAUACCAGCAGCCUCUGGUAGUCGACUUGGGUCAUCGCACCAGCAGCCUCUGGCAGUCAACUUGGCCUUGGGUUAUCAACACCAGCAGCCACUGGUAGUCAUCAUAGGUCAUCAACGACAGCAGCCUCUGGUAGUCGACUUGGGUCAUCGCACCAGCAGCCUCUGGUAGUCAACAUGGGUCAUCAACACCAGCAGCCUCUGGCAGUCAACUUGGCCUUGGGUUAUCAACACCAGCAGCCGCUGGUAGUCAACAUGGGUCAUCAACACCAGCAGCCUCUGGCAGUCAACUUGGCCUUGGGUUAUCAACACCAGCAGCCUCUGGCAGUCAACAUGGGUCAUCAACACCAGCAGCCUCUGGCAGUCAACAUGGGUCAUCAACACCAGCAGCCUCUGGCAGUCAACUUGGCCUUGGGUUAUCAACACCAGCAGCCUCUGGUAGUCAACUUGGAUCAUCAACACCAGCAGUCUCUCGCAGUCGACUUCCUACCACUCAAAAUAUCCCUGGACUGCUGCCGAGUUCGCCAACUGCCACUGAUACUGAAGUGCUGCAUGCAUCGAAUGCAUCCACUGUGAGUGUGAGUGAGCCAAUGUCUAUGUCUGAUGAGAAUAAAGAUGAUCACGAGGAUGCCGUUAUCCUGAAUAAUGAGCCGCUGCCCGACAGUAAUUUGAGGAAUCUGCUUGCAGUUCAAGAUUUGGAAUUUUUGCAGAGCCUCGCUUCUGAUCAAGGAAGGGAAUCAGAUAGAAGACAAGCGCAGUUGAAUUUGAGGAUGGCUCGAACACAAAGGAGGAGGAGAGCAGCCGCUCAAGAAGAGAGGAAAGAGUUACAAAAGCUCAAGGACGUUGGUGAUGAACCUGAAGAAGAGAUAUUGAUUUCAUUUCGUAGUAAUCGCCCAUUGAGACGACGGUUCCGUCACUAAUGAUGUAUUGCUCCUGUUUAUUGUGUUGAAGGAUCCAGCUCAUCACCAGCUGUGAAGUUAUUUCUUGCUGGGAAAGAACUUUCAAGUUUCGAAGAUAGCCUUACUGAUGUCGGUAUUUCCUCUAAUACGUCAUUGAUGGUGAAGGAUGUUGCAGUCGAUGAUGUGGAUGUGGAAGAAGAUGACUGCUCUGAUGAAGAAGAGGUGGCAGCUGAUAGUGUACAUGAACCAACCGAGAAUGAGAAACAUGCCAGGUGUGGCAAUGACUGAUUUAGCUGCAACUCCGAAAAUGAUCAAUGGAGCUCAAGAUUUUAAUGGGAGCUGGACAAGAGAGAAGGAUCUUUGUCCGCAGGGAUUCAAUUCUAAGUCUUAUGGACUAUCACAGGAAGGAUAGGGACUUGGUUUUUCAUCGUAUUGUAGUGGUGAUAGUGGGAGAGGAGGUGGCUGAAGAUCUAGAUG